AUGAAGGCAUUAGUGCUCACCCUCCUCUUCCUCCUCAUGGCACCUAGUGAACCCAAAAUAUUUUCCAGAUGUGAAGUGGCUUCAAUUCUGAAACAACAUAGCCUGGAUACAUAUAUCACCUUGGACAUGUGGAUAUGUAUAAGUUAUUAUGCAAGCAAGUACAACACCCAAGCUGUGAAUAAGCAAAAGAAUUAUCGCAGUAGAUACUAUGGAAUUUUCCAGAUUAGUAGCGAUUGGUUGUGCAGAGAUAACCAGGAGGGUAUGAAUAGUUUAUGUGGUAAACCUUGCAGUGCUUUCACAGAUGAUGACAUCACAGAUGAUAUUGCUUGUGCUAAAAUAAUUAUGGCUAAUCACGCACCGUUGUAUAAAUGGUGGCCCUGGACGAAGAAUUGCAGAGGACCAAAUAUGUCAAACUGGAGCAGCGGCUGCAAGCUCUGAGAUUGAUGCUCCUGCAUAUCUCUCCCUCCUCCUGUGAUGAAAAUGAUAUCAUUCCUUAUAUAAACACAUUGAACAACUUGAUUCCAUUCUUGUCCCCCACAGGUUGGGAAGAAUGAAUGGGUGGGAGAGAGGGAAAGACUUUGCUUUUUAAAAUAUUCAAAAAUUGUUUCAAUAAAACGAGUAUAGUGCAUUAA